CGCGCUGCGGAGGCGGCGGCGGCGGAGCGGCCUGAAGCAGCCCGCGGGGAGAGCGGGCGGCGGCUGCGGGGGUUCGGUGUGUCGCGUCCUAGGGCGGCCGUGAUCGUGCGCCACGAUGCCUGCGGUAUCGAAGGGCGAUGGCAUGCGAGGCCUGGCGGUCUUCAUCUCCGAUAUCCGCAACUGCAAAAGUAAAGAGGCAGAAAUAAAGAGGAUAAAUAAAGAACUAGCAAAUAUUCGGUCAAAAUUUAAAGGUGACAAGGCUCUGGAUGGUUACAGUAAGAAAAAAUAUGUCUGCAAACUGCUCUUCAUCUUUCUGCUGGGGCAUGACAUUGACUUUGGUCACAUGGAAGCUGUAAACCUGCUCAGUUCCAAUAGAUAUACAGAGAAACAAAUUGGCUAUCUGUUCAUCUCCGUGCUGGUGAACUCCAACAGCGAGCUCAUCCGCCUGAUAAACAACGCCAUCAAGAACGACCUGGCCAGCCGCAACCCCACCUUCAUGGGCCUUGCCCUGCACUGCAUUGCCAACGUGGGCAGCCGGGAGAUGGCCGAAGCGUUUGCUGGAGAAAUUCCCAAAAUUCUCGUGGCUGGAGACACUAUGGAUAGUGUGAAGCAAAGUGCUGCUUUAUGCUUGCUGCGUUUGUACAGAACUUCUCCUGACCUUGUUCCCAUGGGAGACUGGACAUCUCGAGUGGUGCAUCUCCUCAAUGACCAGCACUUGGGUGUGGUUACUGCAGCUACAAGUCUGAUCACCACUUUGGCACAGAAGAACCCAGAAGAGUUUAAGACUUCAGUCUCCUUGGCAGUGUCUAGAUUAAGCAGAAUUGUAACUUCUGCAUCAACAGACCUUCAGGACUACACAUACUACUUUGUUCCUGCUCCCUGGCUAUCUGUGAAACUUCUGAGGCUGUUACAGUGCUAUCCACCUCCAGAAGACCCUGCGGUACGUGGCCGUCUGACAGAAUGCCUGGAAACCAUCCUCAACAAAGCACAGGAGCCACCAAAGUCAAAGAAGGUUCAACACUCGAAUGCAAAGAAUGCUGUCCUGUUUGAGGCAAUAAGCUUAAUUAUACAUCAUGACAGUGAGCCAAACCUGCUAGUCCGUGCCUGUAACCAGCUAGGUCAGUUCUUGCAGCACCGAGAAACUAAUUUGCGUUACCUAGCACUGGAAAGCAUGUGCACGCUUGCCAGCUCUGAAUUCUCACAUGAGGCUGUGAAAACACACAUAGAAACAGUUAUCAAUGCAUUGAAGACUGAGAGAGAUGUGAGUGUACGACAAAGAGCUGUGGAUCUCCUGUAUGCAAUGUGUGACCGAAGCAAUGCCCAGCAGAUUGUGGCUGAAAUGCUCAAUUACCUGGAAACUGCUGAUUAUUCCAUUAGAGAAGAAAUUGUUCUGAAGGUUGCAAUUCUAGCUGAGAAGUAUGCAGUGGAUUACACCUGGUAUGUGGAUACAAUCCUGAAUCUGAUUCGCAUUGCUGGUGACUAUGUCAGUGAAGAAGUGUGGUACCGAGUUAUUCAGAUUGUCAUCAACAGGGACGAUGUGCAAGGAUAUGCAGCAAAGACUGUGUUUGAGGCCCUUCAAGCUCCAGCAUGCCAUGAGAAUCUUGUAAAAGUGGGUGGCUACAUCUUGGGAGAAUUUGGAAAUCUGAUAGCAGGUGAUCCAAGAUCAAGUCCUCUCAUCCAGUUCAACUUGCUACAUUCCAAGUUUCAUCUGUGUAGUGUUCCUACCCGAGCUCUGCUUCUGUCUACCUACAUCAAGUUUGUGAACCUGUUUCCAGAAAUCAAAACUACAAUUCAAGAUGUGCUGCGCAGUGACAGUCAGCUAAAGAAUGCUGAUGUUGAGCUGCAGCAGAGAGCUGUUGAGUAUUUGAGACUCAGUACUAUUGCUAGUACUGAUAUAUUGGCUACAGUGUUGGAAGAAAUGCCUCCCUUUCCAGAGAGGGAAUCUUCCAUUUUGGCUAAACUGAAGAAGAAGAAAGGCCCAGGCACAGUUACUGACCUGGAAGAGAUCAAAAAGGAGAGGAGCUCUGAUAUGAAUGGAAGUGCUGAACCUGCCUCUGUCAAUGCCAGUGUUGUUUCUACUCCUUCUCCAUCGGCGGAUCUGCUGGGUCUGGGUGCUGCCCCUGUCACCAAUUCAGCUCCCCCACCUUCCUCUAGUGGUAGCCUGCUCGUGGAUGUAUUUUCAGAUUCAGCUUCUGCAGUUGCACCUCUUGCUCCUGGUUCUGAUGACAACUUUGCGAGCCCUGACCUGGCUUCAUCUGAGGUAGUUUCUGAGGAACCAGCUGAUACUGUGCAUGAUGCUGAUGAGCUUUUUCACAAGUUUGUGUGUAAAAAUAAUGGAGUCUUAUUUGAAAAUCAGUUGCUACAAAUUGGCUUGAAAUCUGAAUUUCGACAGAACCUGGGUCGUAUGUUCAUAUUCUAUGGUAAUAAGACAUCAACACAGUUCUUGAAUUUUACUCCAACAGUAAUCUGCUCAGAUGACCUUCAGUCAAGCCUGAAUCUUCAGACAAAACCUGUUGACCCCACAGUGGAUGGAGGUGCACAGGUUCAGCAGGUUGUGAACAUUGAAUGUGUGUCAGACUUCAUGGAAGCUCCAAUCCUGAACAUUCAGUUCAGGUACGGUGGAACAUUUCAAAACCUUUCAGUAAAAUUACCCAUCACUCUGAAUAAAUUUUUCCAGCCAACAGAGAUGUCUUCUCAAGACUUUUUUCAGCGUUGGAAGCAGCUGAGCAAUCCCAAACAGGAAGUACAGAAUAUCUUUAAAGCAAAGCACCCGAUGGAUGCAGAGAUCACGAAAGCAAAGAUAAUUGGAUUUGGAUCAGCCCUGCUUGAGGAGGUAGAUCCCAAUCCUGCUAACUUUGUUGGUGCUGGUAUCAUACACACAAAAACCACUCAGAUUGGAUGCUUGCUGCGCCUUGAACCCAACCUCCAGGCACAGAUGUAUAGGCUCACACUACGAACAAGUAAAGAAGCUGUAUCUCAGAGAUUAUGUGAAUUGCUGUCAGAACAGUUUUAAUAUUAACCAUGUCAGUUUUGGUUUUUCCACUUAUAUCACUGUCAUCAUACUGCAAAUAAAUGUCUUGUACAUCA